CAUUGAGUGUACUUCACAUGUAAUAGCCCCACUAACUUGCCUUUCCCUCUCUUCAUACUCAUAUUUGUUUUUCUUAUACUUUAAUUUCACUCCUUUUGCUUCCAAGCUUUUUCAAUUAUAUGUAUAUAUACAUCGUCGAUACAAUAAAAAAUCAGCUAGUUUCGUGCUACGUACGUGGUUACGAAACGAUGAAAAUGUCGUGGUCGGUAGCCGUGACAUUAAUGAUGGUGAUGAUGGUGGUGGUGUCCAGCGGUGGAGCAAAUGUGAGUUAUGAUGGAAGAUCAUUGAUGAUAGAUGGAGAAAGGAAGAUGUUAUUCUCUGGUUCUAUUCAUUAUCCUAGAAGCACUCCGGACAUGUGGCCAUCACUAAUAUCGAAAGCUAAAGAAGGUGGAAUAGAUGUGAUUGAAACUUAUGUAUUUUGGAACCUUCAUGAACCUCAACUUGGACAGUAUGAUUUUAGUGGAAGACGUGACAUAGUAGCAUUUAUAAAGCAAAUUCAAGCACAAGGUCUCUAUGCUUGCCUUCGAAUUGGACCCUACAUCGAGGGUGAAUGGACUUAUGGAGGUUUUCCUUUUUGGUUACAUGAUGUCCCUGGGGUUGUUUUCCGCUCAAAUAAUGAACCCUUUAAGUUUUACAUGCAAAAUUUCACUACAAAAAUAGUGAACCUAAUGAAAUCAGAAGGGCUAUAUGCUUCACAAGGAGGUCCAAUUAUACUAUCGCAGAUAGAGAAUGAAUAUCAAAAUGUAGAAAAAGCAUUUGGAGAAGAUGGUCCUCCUUAUGUGUCGUGGGCGGCGGAGAUGGCUGUUGGACUUCAAACUGGUGUCCCAUGGUGCAUGUGCAAGCAAGAUGAUGCUCCAGAUCCUGUUAUUAAUGCAUGCAAUGGGUUGAGAUGUGGAGAAACAUUUACAGGGCCUAAUUCACCAAACAAGCCAUCUAUUUGGACUGAGAACUGGACAAGCUUCUAUCAAGUGUAUGGUCAGAAUGCAACACUAAGAUCAGCAGAAGACAUGGCAUAUCAUGUUGCUCUCUUCAUUGCAAGGAAGAAUGGAACCUUCAUCAACUAUUAUAUGUAUCAUGGAGGAACCAAUUUUGGAAGGACUGCUGCGGAAUAUAUGAUCACAAGUUACUAUGACCAAGCUCCAUUAGAUGAGUAUGGUUUAAUCAGACAACCAAAAUGGGGACAUCUGAAAGAGUUACAUGAAGCGGUGAAGUUAUGUUCAGAGACCAUACUUUCUGUAUUCCCUUCCAUGCAGUCCUUGGGUGAACAACAAGAGGCUUAUGUAUUCAGUAAAGAUUCUGGAGCUUGUGCAGCAUUUCUAGUCAACAUGGAUAACACAAGAAGUGUAGUGCAAUUUCAGAAUUCAUCAUAUGAAUUACCUCGGAAAUCUAUAAGCAUCUUACCUGACUGCAAGACUGCAGCCUUCAAUACGGCGAAGGUAAGCACACAAUUCAAUACAAGAAUAACAAUACCAGCCAUUAAGUUUGACGCGGCUGAGAAAUGGGAACAAUUUGAAGAGGUUAUUCCACAAUUUGAUGCUACUACACUGAGAUCAGACGUAUUACUGGAGCACAUGAAUACUACAAAGGAUGUAUCUGACUAUCUUUGGUAUACUUUCAGUAUCCAGCAGGAUUCAAUGGAACAGCAGUCUACACUAAGUGUGAAGUCCUUGGGCCAUGUUUUACAUGCUUUUGUGAAUGGAGAACAUGUAGGUUCUUUACAUGGACGGUUCAGAAAUACAGCAUUUACAUUAGAGGGCGCUGUUUCUCUGAAUCAAGGGACAAAUAACAUCUCAUUACUAAGUGCAACUGUUGGCUUACCGGAUUCAGGAUCAUUUCUUGAACGCAGGGCUCUUGGUGUAGAGUCAGUAAUUAUUGAAGACAGCAAAGAGGCCAAAAAUAUCACCAACUUAUCAUGGGGUUAUCAGGUUGGAUUAUUGGGGGAGAAGUUACAAAUUUACUCAUUAGAAGAAUCAAAGAGUGCUUAUUGGAGCAGCUUAGGCUCUUCUCAACCGCUCACAUGGUAUAAGUCAGUUUUUGAUGCACCCAAGGGUGAUGAUCCUGUUGCAUUAAACCUUGGUUCCAUGGGAAAAGGUGAGGCUUGGGUUAAUGGACAAAGCAUUGGCCGAUAUUGGGUCUCAUUUCGAACUCUUGCAGGCAUUCCAUCACAAACUUGGUACAAUGUUCCAAGAUCAUUUCUCCAACCAGGGGACAAUUUAUUAGUCUUGUUCGAAGAGGAAACUGGCAAUCCUCUUGACAUCACCAUAGAUACUAUUUCAGUCACAAAGCCGUCGUUGAGAAAGCUUGUCUAGGGAUGAAGAGAUUUACCAUCCCUCACUCAUAAAAAACUUUGGGAGUUCCACAUAAUAAGGUGUCCAUAAGACUGGCAAUUGAUGCUCCGUGGAUAAAAGAACAAUGUUGACCAUUCUUUGUUUGGGUGAAGCAGACAUGAUUUCCAUAUACAUGUUCAAAUCAUAGGAAUGUAGAAGUACAGAGCUAUAUAUUUACACAGGUUAUUGAUUCAAUCAAAUGCAGACACAUUGAUGUCAUCAUCUAUUUGAAGUUAAAUUGCACAGAUGAAAAGGUCCCAAUUGAAAUUUUCAGCUUCCUAUUUUCACAUCUUUCAUUGUCUAUGUUCCUGUAUUUUUUUAAUGAACAAAAACAGAACAAGUGAAGGAAAUGGUUUCGAAAUCAA